UAUAAAUAAGCGCCUCCUACCACCCCUUCAAUCACCACAUUCACAACUCAAAAUCAAUCAAAAUUUACCUACAAUAAAUCAUUAUUCAGUGAAAAAUGACGCAUUCGACCUCGGCCGCUUUCGUUGUCGCCUUAGCUGCCGCCUUUCUCCUCCAUCUCUGCUGUGGCUACCCUCACAAUAAUAAUCCGUCUUCUAUGUAUACCCCGAAUUGCCCCCCUGAUUUUGAACUUGACCUAGUCGCUUUCCCUUUGAAUCUCGAGUACUUGGAGGCCGAAUUUUUCUUGUGCGGCGCUCUCGGCUAUGGGAUCGACACAGCAUCUCCCGGCCUCAGCAACAAAGGCCCACCGCCCAUCGGCUGCAAGAAGGCCAACCUAAGCCCGUACGUAAGAGAUAUCGUCACCCAAAUGGCUUAUCAGGAAAUCGGACAUCUCAAGGCAAUACGACAGACUAUUCAGCCUCCUAAUGUUGCAUUCGGGAGGCCGCAGCUUGAUCUGAGGUCAGAGGUAUUCGCAAGUAUUAUGAACAACGCCUUUGGAGGGAAUAAUAAUGAAUUCAAUUCAUUCGACCCUUACGCUAACGACUUGAACUAUCUUAUUGCAUCCUACGUCAUCCCUUAUGUUGGAUUAACCGGAUAUGUCGGGGCACUGCCUUGCAUCCUCAAUCCAAUUUACAGAAGGCUGGUGGCGGGGCUUUUGGCGGUGGAAUCGGGCCAAGAUGCGAUUAUAAGGGAAAUGUUGUACGAAAAUGCCGAGACAAUAGUAAGUGGAUCCGGAUUCUACUCGGUGGCCAAUUUUACCCAAAAGAUUUCGGAACUGAGGGACAAGCUGGGAGGACGAGGGCACAAAGACGAGGGUAUAUUAGUCGACCCGAAAGAUGGUGCGGAGGGAAUGAUAUCCGGGAAUGUGCUUGCCGGCGAUGUUAAUUCGGUGGCUUUUGACCGAACCCCGGAAGAGAUUCUCGGAAUUGUGUACGGGAGCGGAGACAUGUGCCAGCACGGUGGAUUUUUUCCCCAAGGAGAAUAUGUGUCGUUUCAUUGUUUCAUCGUUUUCUAUAUCUUUCUUAUUAUGAAUAAUGAUAAUGUAUUGUAUGGUAUCACCAAGUGGGAACAAAAGGGAUUGAGUUUGUUCCGGGUGAAUAAGAAAAGUUAUAAAAUGUUGAAUACUCGUGGUGGUGGUCGUGAUGGUCGUGUCGGUGAUCGGCCACCAGAAAAACGUAAAAAUGUAGGCGAAUCUUCUUCGAGUAGACCUCCAUUCCCGAUGUUGAGACAGAUGGUAUACCGGGACUCCGAAAAAGCGAUUGCUCUCAAAACCCUCCGUCGCUCCUUCAACUUCUCAUCGUCACCGGCCGCCGCACCUUCACAGCCGGUGUUGACAGCGAGCCCGGCGCAGCCACUCCUUUCUUCUCCGGACCAUCCACAGUUUGUUGACCGUGAGCCAGACGCGGCCUCCUUCGACGACAGACGUUUGUCGACUGCCGCCCGUUGUCCGUCCACUGUCGCCGGCCGUUUUUUUGGUAAGACGUUCUUCACAAAUCAUCUCAACUGA